AUGGCCGCUGCUACUCUGCCCAACAUUUCCUCGGACCUGAUCUGGGAGGUCGUCCGAAGCAACAACAGCUACCUCCACAAGACUGGUGCUCGCUCAAACGGCGGUGUCCAGUUCUCCCGCGACCCCCUUAACCUGACCAACGUCCACAGCCGAAAGUACGCUGGUUUCGUCAACGACAAGGCUGUCGGCAUUGCCCCUGGCGAGAAGGGCGGCGUUGUUGUCACCAGCAAGAAGACUGCUGUUGCCAACCAGCCCAGCAAGUCCGCUGCCCAGACCUCCAUCGGUGGCGGCAAGUCCACCCGCAAGACCUACAAGGCCGUUGCCAGCCAGGUUGCCAAGUCCGGCUACCGCGCUGACCUCCGCGCCGCUGCCAUCGAGCGUGCCUCUGCCAUCCGCCGAUCCCAGCUCCCCGUCAAGGCCGACCCCGAGCCCAAGCUGAGGGGCAAGAAGGCCAAGGCUGCCGCCGCUGGCGAGUCCUAA